UCAAUUUUAUGUUCCCUGAAUCUCUCACUUUAUUUUUUCGCAUUGUUUUGAGUUGACUAACCACCUUUUUUAUUAAAAGCGUAUGAAGUGACCCAUUUGCGAUUAGAAAUGCUGCAGAUCGAACAGGAUCAUGCUGAAACUGCCGAACAAGUCGCGGAGCAGUUCGAUUUGGAACCCGUCGUAGCUGACAUCAUGCUAGCUGAGGUUGAUCACCACCUGGUACAGCUUGAAAACUGGUACGAAAAGUGGCAAAAACUCAAAGACCGAAAGGGAGCUGACCUUACUCGCGGUCAGCAGAAGUAUGCGGCCAUGCUGCAAGAACUGGAACGCUCAGAAGGUGAAAAACUGAAACUGGAAACGACACUGCAGAAUGAAAUCCAUUACCGUGACCAGAGCGGGACAAGAAUGGAUAAAGUUCGUCAAAGACUGGAUGUUCUCAUCGAGGAUGUGGAUUGCCUGUCGGAUGUUAUUCAGCAGUAUGACCUAGGUAAAGAAGCGGUUGAAAAAAACAAUGCCUCCCGUCUGGAAAAGCAAAAGCAACUACUGUUUUGGUACGAAUCGGCUAAAAAAGAUUUGGUCAAACUUGAAAAGCAUCACAAAAAUAAAGCCCGUCAGAAAGAAGAAAGCCUCGUGAGCCUUGCAGCAGCGGAAGCGGAUCUCAGGCUUGAACUGGAGACGCACCGGAAUUUUCUAUCCCGACUCGAAAUGGAUUUAGCACGGUUGAAUGAAGAGCAAAAAAAACAAGAAGGUGACAACACCGACAAAGCAGAUGACAUCGGGCAAGCAAAAAGCAGCCUUUUGGAACUGCAAGUCCAACUGGAAUGUGGCAAAUCGGCUCUCAGCCUUGCGGAAAAAGACGCGGAGGGAAUAUCUUCGGAACUGCAAGAAACCAAAACGGUACUUCAGUUACGUCGUGUGGAAUAUGAACAGCAACUGUGCAACUUGAUGGCUAAAGAAGCAAAGUUAUCUGCUCUUCGAUCCAACUGGGAAGAAACCAUUUUGUCAAAGGAAAAAGUAGUUGAAGACUUAGAAACAGCUGGAAAGUCAUGCCAGAACCGUCUUGAUGCUUUGGAAGUCGAAAGAGUUCGUUCAAAGGGAACUUUGGCUGAACUGCAGCUGGAACACGGCAAGAAGGAUUUUCACAUUGCGGAAUUGAAAGACCAACUUCAACUGCUCCAAAAUGCAAAUGAAAAUUUCCGUGAAAAACAUUCAACUGCUCAAGAUCAGUUACGUUGUAUUGGAGAUGCUCGUGAUUCCUUUGAGAAAGCAUCGCAGGAGAAAAAGAACGAAAUUUUGGAAACUGUGAGCAAAGAAAAAUCACUUCUUGAAAGUGCGCGAAACAAGAAGGACUUUCUGGCGAAGUUAUGCAGUCUGAAAAGGGAAGAAAUCAGUUCGUUGCAGACUCGCGUCCAAGAACAGAAUGCUGCAAACGAACUGGAACAGCAACGGCUUUCCCAGCAGGAAAUUACUACCAUCAUGUUGAGUCCUCCACCUACCCAGCAAACAGAACAACCGGCACAAAGCAAGCCGGGUCAACCAACAUUUUUGCAACCACGUCCGCCUGCCGCGGGAAAGAUCAUGCAUCCACGACCCGGUCCAGUGGUGCCACGAAAGCGUGCCCUUUCUAUGAGCAGUAACGAAAGCGAAUAUGUUGACCUCCCAACUAGCGUCAUCAUGUCGGAGGAUUCGGUUCGUGGAGAUGAUUCCCCAAAACGCGUUCGCGAGGCAGCAAAUACUCAGGAAUUCUACAGCGAUCGCGCCACUGCAGCAUCCUCAACCAUGAAAGCUCGGAUGAACAGAAAGAUCUCGGAAGGACUGAACAGGAAGGGUAUGGCUCCGCCGAAAGUGCCCGCUCGUGGUCGGCGUGGUGGGUUGAAUCGCGGUAAUCGUCAUGGCCGUUUGGAAUUUUUGUGAUUACUUUAAUGGAAUCUGUUCAGCAAUUGCGACACUAAGCUUUCCCCAAGAAAAGUCCGUUAAAAGAAAACAGUUCCCAGACAAAGGUUGAACGUAGAAUUCUGUUGCGUUACAUUUUGUUCGGUUUCGUUGUGCGUGAUCAGAUAGGGGUCGUGUUUUGUUGGCUUUUGGAGAUUAUUGUUUGGUUUGGUUAAUUACACGACGUGGCGACGGUUAGUCGACUGGUUGCGGUGCCAUAUUCUUUCCAAAGUACUCCAAUUUUGGGCAUAAAUAAGUUUUUGUUAUUUUCGAUGUGGUGUUUUGCUUUUUCUUUCUGUUAUAUUAAA